AUGGCUUCUACGAUACGCAAUGUCCGUUCAGAAAACAUUGAUGAUCAUGUUGAUCAACCUCUCCAUAAGCGUCUUAAGUCGAGUGCUUCAUCUCUUUCGCCAGACAAUAGUAUACAUAACGAGCCUGGCCCUUUGGGUUUAAGUCUUAAGAAGAGCAAUUCGCUUUUAGAAAUUCUGCAAAUGAUGAUGUCUCAAAGGAAUACGGUUAGUGCAUAUGAAACAGACGAUACUUCAAACUCUCGAUCGAGAUCAAAAAAAGAGAGCCGAGCUCCUGCGGUAAAGCUGAAGGCUUCAAAUUUCCCGGCUAUCCUUUUAAAAAUCGGUUCAUGGGAGUAUAAAUCAAAAUUUGAGGGUGACUUAGUGGCAAAGUGUUACUAUGCCACGGAGAAGCUUGUAUGGGAAGUUCUUGAAGGCAAUUUGAAAAGGAAAAUAGAAAUUCCGUGGUCAAAUAUAACCGCACUUCAAGCAAAUUGUCCCGAGGAAGGACCUAGCACAUUGACUUUAGUUGUUGCUAGAGAGCCUUGCUUCUUUAGGGAGGCUGAUCCUCUACCUAGAAAGAGCACAAAGUGGGAAACAACAAAAGAUUUUACCGGUGAUCAGCAGGCUAGCAAACACAGGAUGCAUUUUUUGCAAUGUGAACAAGGACUGUUGGCCAAACAUUUUGCAAAACUCAUCCAGUGCAGUUCACAUCUUAAACUAUUAAGCAGACAGCCAGAGAUAAUAUUGGAUUCACCUUAUUUUGGUACACGAUUCGCUGCUUUUGAGAAACCUGACAAUGGCAAAGGAUCAGCAACUACUCGUUUUCAGAACACGGGAUCUCCUCAUUCGUCCCCGUCACCUUCAUUUACGAUUGAGCACAACGAUCCUUUUGUCAUUACUUUAGAUAGCGUUUCCUGCAAAGCGCCUUCCUCCAGUCCAGAAAGAAUAUAUUGUUUUGGAGCUGAUUCGAGGGGCCCAAGUAACUUGGAUCAAAUAAAACAGCCCGGACUCCGUCUUUCUAACUCUCAGAACAAUUUGGUUGGAGUCAUUGAACAUGAACUUCCCGAAAAAAUAAUGGACUCAGAGAAUCCAUCCUCUUCUGUUGAAAUGGAUGUCCGAAUAUUGCUGGAUGAUGUUGAACGUGAUCUUCUUAGUGACGACAUUGUUGUUACAAUAGCUUCCAAUGACAGUUCACUAAUUUCAAAGGUCAGAUCUUUUGGCAAUGUUCUAGAUUUUGAUGUUGUAGAAGUGUUGAAUCCACUCGACAUAGGACAUGAAGAAAAUAUUGAACUUGGUGAUGAUCUUGAGUCAAAUGAGGGUAACGAAAUAAAAAUGGAUAUCGAGGCUGCUGCUGAAGAGGACUCAAGAGAUGUUUAUGGUGGCAAUCCGACAUCAGACAUGUCCAGGCACGACUCCUUUCUAGACGCGGUUAAUCAUCUUACUAAAAUUGCAUCUCUUCCUAAAAUUCCAUCUCUUCCUAAAAUUGCAUCUUUUUCUCUAAUUGCACCUCUUUCAUCCCCAUAUGAUUAUGAAUAUUAUGGUUAUGAAUUCAGAAUGUUCGAGUAGCAUAGAAAGUUCAAUUUUUAUCAUGGGAUUUAUUUUUCAUUGAGUCUCAUUAAUAGAUUUCUAUG